CGGAAGAAGCGCAAGAGCACGGCGGUCACAGGUGAUCUUCACGAUGGCGGCCUUCAGGGCACUGUUGUCAGGUUGUGGGCGGCUGCUCCGAGGUUUCCUAGAGGGGCGGGCUCAAGUCAGCUGGGCUCGGCCUCCGGCCCGGGGCCUCCGAGAAGUGGUGGAGAUCCAAGAAGGGAAGACAACUAUUAUUGAAGGCCGAAUCAUAGAAACUUCCAAGGUGGCAACAGAUCCUCCUAACCCCUCUGGCCAGUGCCCAAUCUGUCGUUGGAAUCUGAAACACAAAUAUAACUAUGUGGAUGUCCUUCUGCUGAGUCAGUUCAUCCGGCCCAAUGGGGGAAUGCUGCCCCGGAGAAUCACAGGUCUAUGCUUGGAAGAACAUCAGAAAGUGGAGGAGUGUGUGAAGAUGGCUCACCGGUCAGGUCUGCUACCGAAUCAUAGGCCUAAGCUUCCUGAAGGAUGUGUUCCCAAGAAAAAACCCCAACUCAAUCGGUACCUGACUCGUUGGGCUCCCCGAUCUGUCAAGCCCAUCUUAAAGAAAGGUCCAAAAUGGAACAAAGUUCGAAUGGCUGUGGGCUCCCCCCUGCUUAAGGAUAAUGUCAACUACACAGGCAGACCCCUAGUGAUAUACCAUUGAAGGGAGGGAGUGGUUUCUAAGAUGUUGGCCAAAGCCCCCAACCCCUGCUGAUGGGAGCUGUCUCCCAUCAUUCCAACAAGAAAGGACUAGAAGGUAAAUCCAGCCUAGAACUGCUGCAGACUCAAAUGUUUUCAAAACUGGUUAUUCUUAACCAAAAUGUGGACAAAGGGAAAGGCAGUAAUAAUGUCCUUCUGAUUCCAAUGGAACUGCUCAUGGAGCUGUGGGGAGGCCAUUGGCAACUGCCAUAAGAUAAAUCAUGAUCAGCUCUGACUGAACCCCUGGAUUGGGUGAUAUAAGUAUUACCCAAGAAAUGUCAUAAAACAAGACAUAUUUGCUAAAUCA